AUCAAAACUUUUCAUGGGCGGGUUAGAGAGUUGGCAAAUGAGUCUGAAAGGCUUGGUGAACCAAUUACAGAAAACAAACUUGUGUUGAAAGUUCUACAUUCUCUUCGAGAAAAAUACUCUAUGGAUGUCAAAGGUAUUAAUUAGACAAACACAAUCUCUCAAUUCUAUGUCUCUUGAUGAACUGAUGGGGAACUUAGAAACCAUUGAGUUGGAGAUGAAUGAAGAUCUACGACGUAAGAAGCUGCUUGUCAUUCCCGUUGAAAAAGAGACGCAGUGUGUUAAACACAGUGCUGGAACAUGCUGUGCUUUUCCAACUUACUAUAGUGAUGGUGAUGACUCUGUUGGUGACGUUGAUCCAAAGGAGAUGCUUAUAAUUGUUGAAGAAAAAUUUCAAGAGUCGCUACGGGUCAACAAGAAAAAAUGUUUGGAAAAUGAUAGUCUCAAACGUGAACUUGCUGAAUCAAAACAUAAUGUGGAACAACUCACUAAAGAGUUACAGAGAUACAAAGGUAAAUUUACAGCAGAGGAUGACACAGAGGAUGAUACAGAAGAUGACACAGAAUUUGACACAACAGAAGAGCUAGCUAUUCUCCAAAGGAAGUGGGCAGAACUUCUUCAAGCCAAUAAGAAAACUGUCCUAGAGAACCAUCAGCUUGUUGCCGAGCAAAAUAUACUAAAGAAGGUUAUUUCAGGAUUAGAAAAGAAGAUUGAAGGAUUAGAAGGGUAACAAUCUGAUCUCAAGUAUGAAUUAAAUCAACUCAAAAACAUUCAAAAGUGGAUGAGAAGUGCUAGAGCAAAAGCUAUUGAGGAACAAGUGAACUUUUCAAAAUUUUAUGGAGACAAGACGGGUCUCGGAUUUUAGGUUCCGAAAGAAAUAAGACCCCACUUG